AUGCGGCUCCUGUCCACGCGACUGAGCUACCUGUGUCUGCAGUUACUGGCAUUCUGUUUCCAAGCGCAGGUAACCUAUCAGUCACCGCCUAAUUUUACACAGCAUGUCAGAGACCAGACCAAGCAGACGGACCGCCUCAGCAGGAAACUAAUCCGCAUUUACCAACUCUACAGCCGCACCAGCGGUAAGCACGUCCAGGUCCUGGGCAAGAAAAUCAACGCCAAGGCGGAGGACGGCGACAAGUACGCUAAACUGAUUGUUGAGACGGACACCUUUGGAAGCAGAGUGCGUAUCAAGGGAGCUGAGUCGGGGUUCUACAUCUGCAUGAACAAACGGGGGAAGCUGAUCGGAAAGCGAAGCGGGAAGAGUAAAGAUUGUGUCUUCACUGAGAUUGUGCUGGAGAACAACUAUACAGCCCUGCAGAACGCCAAGUACGAGGGCUGGUUCAUGGGCUUCACCCGGAAAGGAAGACCCAGGAAAGGGUCGAAGACCAGGCAGCACCAGAGGGAGGUGCACUUCAUGAAGAGGCUGCCCAAGGGGCAUAUGUCCACCGUGGACAAUCACAGACACUUUGAGUUCAUCAAUUACCCUUUCUCCACCAGGACUAAACGCACCAGACACUCCAGGCCGCGAUAG